AUGCAAAACCAUGGCACGCACGACCAGAAGUGGCUCCGCUCGUAUACCGGUAGCCAGCACGGAGAAGCAGGCUCCUGGGAAGCAUGGGCAGCAAAAGUCAUCUGCUCCCACACCGGUGGCCAGCACGGAGAAGCAGGCUCCUGGGAAGCAUGGGCAGCAAAAGUCAUCUGCUCCCACACCGGUGGCCAGCACGGAGAAGCAGGCUCCUGGGAAGCAUGGGCAGCAAAAGUCAUCUGCUCCCACACCGGUGGCCAGCACGGAGAAGCAGGCUCCUGGGAAGCAUGGGCAGCAAGAAACCUCUACUACACCGAAAAAGCGGACAUUGCCUUCAUCGUCCCCGCAGGCCAAACGACCGGUGUGACCCCAUUCAAACAUGAUUCCUCAACCGCUCCUGAGGCUGCAUCACCGAAGGAAAUGAAUGCGCAAAAGGCUCGACCAGUUAGCCUUUUUCAACACCCUUCGACGUGGCUUUCCCUGGAGCAUAAAGAGACAUCGCUGGCAGCAUACCUUGGCUUUUCUCAUGCAAAAGAGCUAAGGAAAGCUCUUGUUCAGUUUCCGAUAAUGGCAGCAUGGCCGUCGUUUCAAGGCCCGGCAAAGAACCUAUCAAAAGGGCCAGUGUUUGCCAUAUUGGACAACAAGGGCGAACGAAAUCGAAUCGCUGAGACUGAGGACCCGUUCGGGGCGUGGCCCGUUGAGGGAGACUUUCCGAGACCGUCACGCCAAAGUAAAGAAACCUCGCAAAACAAUCGGCAGAAUCGAGCGGCUUGGGCAAUUCUGAAGGCUCUAGCUCUCUGGAAGGAAUGGAAUCUUCUUUCUGAAGACGAUAGAAAGGAGAGGAACUCAUCGGCUAUGCGGGAUUUUGCCGCGAACUUUGACGUGGAAAUGCCCUCCAAAGUGCCUGUUACCAGCCCAGCACCACUAUUCGGCCCACUGAUUGAUCAUGGGGAGACGGAGUUGGAAACAUACAACCGGGCAUGGGAGAUGAUGAAAUAUCUUUCCAGUCUCAUGCCUAAGGAUCGAGACGAGAAAGGAAAGUCGUUGUAUCAUCAGCGCGUUGUCUACGGACUUGAAGGUGGAAAACUAGUCCAAUCAUCUACACGCAUUCACUGGAUGGACACACAAGCGAAAGAAGCGGCAAUGGCAAUGUCAUCAUCCCGUGAAGCAUCGCCACCGAAUCAUGAUUCCGCGACAGCCGAAGAAGAAGCCGAUAUAUUGCUCCCAAGCGUGGAUAUCCACGUGGUGUGGAAUGAGUAUCGGCAGUUUGACGGAUCAGAUGCCCUUGCAUGUGUCUUGGAAGAUGCCAAAACUCGCGGUUUUGCAACCCCACCCGAGGACCAGCUUCUUGAGCGAGACCCGGUUGGCUUUGAAUCAGGAGAAAGCUUUAGGGAUUACCUCCGGCAUUUACUCAACUGCGGGAAUAUCAGGAUGUGUGUCAAAGGUUUUAAAUUGACUUACGUCUCUGGUGACACGAAGAUGAAAAAAGGAAUUGACAUACGCCGGGCGCGCUGGCGUGAUACCCAGCAAGUUUUCCGAGAUUCUGAUGAGAAUUCAGACUUCGUGAUUACAUUGGAGGUUGAGGCCAUUGACGAGGAAGAUGAUGAGGCGCCUCUGUUCGAGUCCGACUACAUCUUCCCUGCAGUCCGACAAAUGGCACAAGAGCGGAUUCAAUAUCCUCCAGCUCCCAAUGAAGAGGACCAGGCUCUCUUGGAUCCCGCGGAAACUACCGAGGCGAUCGAAUCAAGUUUCGAUGAGAGCCUCGAGUACGCCCAGUUCAUUGGAGUAUCGUCUUCGUGCAACGCACCGUCGCGAAACUUCCAGUCGGAAGAAACAAAGCUCGCUUACUAUAGUGGGUUUGAUGUUGAUACAGACGACGGUCGCCGGCAGUGGCGAAAAGAGACCAUCAACGCAAUUACAGAGAAUUGCACACUAACUCGUGUGGCGCCGAACCGCCUUACCGUGGCUUCAAAAGAGGAAUUGAAUGGCCUCGAUAGUGCCAACAUGCUAACACAUGACGAAGCACAAGACCUCCUGGAAAAGACUGACGACGCGGAUUAUUACACCAUCCACCAGGCAUCAUCCGGAUCCCAAGAGCGCGUCGGUCCCUAUCUGGACCUCUCCCUUGAGUUGCUUAUGUGCACAGAAGUCACAGGUGCCCCAGGCCAGUAUUUAUCCAGUCUCGUCUCCCCAGCUCAAACAACUUGCCAAUUUUUCCACUACCAGAUAGUGGCAGCAGUUGGGAUUCUCUUGAAACUUAACGGGCACAUUCACGGGCGGGCUCUGUUGAAGGCAUGUGGGGUUGAAGCAACCAGCAAUCGAGCCAAAAAAGCCAUCAAAGCUGCGGAGAAGCUCACAGAUCUCCAGACCUAUGGUUCAAUCGUUGCCGAUAGCACCGGGUUUGGGAAGACUAAAGAAACUCUCCUCGCACUGCUGAUCCAAUGCUUAAUCUCCAAGGUUAACAAGCCUUCUAUGAUACUUGUACCUGCACCGCUUGUUGCCCAGUGGCUGAAGGAAGCCAAGGAAUACUGGCCAGGAUUACGUGUGAUUCUAUCGCAUGGUGACCCAACCCUCCAGAAGGAGGUUGGCACUUUCCGGUUAACGUCGAAGCAGAUGAGGAACAAGUCUCCACCCCAGUACCUCCGAUAUAUCUUUGAUCAGGAGAAUCCUGAUGCCCGCAUGGUGGUGAUUCUUUCCUCGUACGAAACACACCGCGAGAGAACUGCAGAGCUUGAGCGCACAGAGCUGUGCCCGGCUGUCUCGUAUGACCCACCAAGAUACGAUGACAGUGGAAGUGAAAUCCUCAAAGAUUUCAUCGAGUACUGGGUGUCGCCAAAUCAUACGUCCGCAUUCAAUGUCCUUGUCCUAGACGAGGCCCACCGCGUGAAGAACACACAAACAGCGAUCUGGACAAUUUUGAGCCAGCAAAGAUUUGAGUCGAACAUUCUGAUUACCGCAACGCCAAUGUUUAAUUCAAUCGAUGAUCUUGCGGGCCUGGUUGGUCUGCUCGGUGCACGAGGUGUUGAUCGCCUCAAAUCUCAAUUUGACUCUGACGCCGAGCUAGCAAAACAAUCCGGGAUUUUAGAGAAGACGCCUCUAUCAAAGCUGAAAGAAUAUUUCCAGGAUAUCCCCGCAACAUCACCUCUACGACUUAACCUUCUCAAACCCUCUAUGCUGCGCAAGAUCGCGAAGGAGGAAGGAUUCAGCAUAUACACAGCUGUUGCUGUGUAUUUUGCCCUUGUUCUAAACACUGUGGCCCUACAAAGGUCCCAGGCUUCGUCCCUUAGGAAUUCAAAUGGAUCCUUAGUCCCGUUGAAAAGCAGUUUCAAAAAGAUCAAGUUUCGCACUGCAGAGGCUCGCCUGUUACCAACUGAACAACAAGAGUACGAAACAUGGCAUUAUGUGUCUGCCAUUGAUUACGCGAACGAAGCCGGUUCUCCUCAGCAAGCACGCAAGGAUGAAAAAAAGCCAAAAGAGGUCAGACUCUCUAACACAACUACUAUCCAAGAGGUCAACCGGCGAAGGUUCGGUGCCGGGGCACGUCAUUUCCGCCGCCUCGAAAUUGCCACAUGUUCUACAAAGUUAGCGCGAUUUGAUGCAUUCUGCGAGAAGGGAAGCUUGAGCACGAAGACUGAGCAGAUCGAUAACUGGAGGAAAGCCGGUGCUCGACCAGAAUACUUUUACCGGAUCUGCAAGGAUGAAACCCAUUUAGCGCUCAAGAAAGCUGAACAACUUCUUAAGUUUAUGGCUUCGGGAUCCCCUCGACUCCGGGUUAUUUUCCAAGAGCUUCUAACUUGGAAAAUACUAGAACCUCUGAAUCCCGGAAAGUGGUGCCACCACCAAAAGCUUCUUGUUGUUGAAUGUCUCCCCGCUACAGCUUGGUUCAUAGAGCUUGCAUUACGGGCUCUUCUUGUCGGGGUUCGAACAUUGCAUGCCGGCUUAUCUACUUCUGAUCGAGAUACUCUGAUUCAUAAGUUCAACGACCCAGAGAGCGAUUUAAAAGUCCUUAUCAUGACAUACGAUGUUGGGUCGGUUGGACUCAAUCUUCAUCAGGCUUGCGGUCGUGUUAUUCUCUCAGCACCAGGGAAGUCAUGGAAUCAUGAGGCACAGGCCGCAGGAAGGUGUCUUCGAAUCACCUCAAAGUUCAACCUGACUGUUAUCCGUAUCUACACACCUGACUCGUUUGACACUUUCCGCUUCGACCGACAAGCAGAAAAGGCAAGCUUGCAGCUUGCCGUUAACGCCCGGCAACCUGCAAUCCAGUCGCUCCUUGUGAAACUUUUGCAACAGUUCCAGGUUUACGUUGAUGACUUUGUGACCAGCGCUCAGGGCCAGGCUAUGCUGACAGAAGGCCAAUCUGAGGCUAAGCGUAACAACGCUGAGCUUGCGCAUUUCAUCCAAGAGGCAUGUCAAGGGCACCAGAAGGCUUCGCAAGGAAAAAAAAAAAAAAAACAACCUUCAGCGGGUCUUGAUGAACUGGGCCCCUCAACCGCACUGAAUCGCAGUGACCGUAACCGGACACAGCCUACGCAGCUUAUUGAUGAUACAACUCGGCCUGGAGCAGACUCAAUGGAACUAGAGGAUGAACGAUGUGACCCAACAUACGUGGAUGACUCGGACAGUGAAAACGCCGAAAUGGAGGACCUACACGAAAUGAUCGGCACCAAUCAAGACAUUUUCCAAUCUAUCAUCGCCAGAAGCACACGGAAGUUUAACCGUAUGAAGGAGAUUGAACGGAUGCUAUCGUCACGGCAGCCAAGCGACAACCUUCGUCGGUUAAGUACUUUGCUCCUCCUUCCCCCAAACAAGACCUGGACUGAUGAAGAUCUGAAUGAUGACGCCCAUCCUGAGUAUUUCCGAUUUGCUCUACGACUGCUGUUUGAUCAACAGCGAGGAAUCGCGAUGGAUCAGCUACGUAUCGGUGCGGGGAUUUUCUUACCAUACAAUCAUCUUUCUGAGCUAGUUCGACAAAAUAUCUCCUCCUUAAGGGAGGAAGUCGAACCAGGAUCUGAGGAGCAUGAGAGACAUUUACGUCGCCUACAGCCCCGGAAAGGAGAUACAGCCCGUUCUUUGCUGUGA